AUGGCAGCCGCCGGAAAAUCGACGAUGAUUAGCCCAAUAGUGAGCAAGCUCUACUGCGCCCCUUCCGACGUCGUUUUGAUGAUCAGGCGGCGGCCCAAGGUGGUCAACGGCGGCGGUUUAGUGGCGUCGGAUUGCAGCGCCGACGACGACGGCGGCCCGGCUUUCCGCGUCGACUGCGGCGGCGGCGUGGGGAGGAAAGAGGAAAUGGUUCUCAGGGAUGGCGAUGGGAACGCUCUCCUCCUCAUCAGGCGAAACGGAUCAAUGGUGGAGGCAGUGAGCAUGAGGAGGCAAUGGAGGGGGAUGAGCAUGGGGAUGAAGAGCAAUAUUAAUUAUAAGAAAAAGAACAACGAAUUAGUACAGAAGCUGGUGUUCACUCUGAAACAGCCUCGCCAUUCAUGUUUAUGCUUUGGUAUGAGGUCGAAAAGAAUCUCCAUUGAUUGCCAUGGAAGGAGCUUCCAAGUUCUCGGCGACUUCCCCGGCAGAUGCUGCACCAUUGUUGACUCCCGGGGAGACGUCCUUGCACAGAUUGGGAUGAGGAAGGAGAUGAAGACGAAGCAGCAGGUGGUGCAAGGUGGACGAGACGUUUAUGGCGUAGAAAUUAAGGCGGGAAUGGAUCAAGCCUUCGUCUGUGGAAUCAUUGCUGUUCUUGAUUGCAUCUACGAUGGCUCCUCCAGAUCGUAG